AUGGACGAGUCCGCGCCAAAGCGGGCGAGGGUGUCUCCACGCCUCAGUAGCCAGCGCGAUAACGACAAUAACGAAUCGACCACUCCGCCGGACCCUCCCCCACCACGAUCGAGAAUCCCCAGAAGGCCAUCCUUCGCGUCGCCAACGAGGUCAAGCCUCUCUCGGACGAAUCCCGAUAUCCUACGAAGAAGAAGUCGAAGCCGUAGUCCGUCAAAGGCGGUUACCAGCAAUCAGUCAACGCAAUCCAUCACGCAAGAUGUUGCUGGUGAGGAUUUGGCCGCCCAAGCUGAGAGCCAAGCAGAGCGAUUCCUAGAGAGAGGACCUGCGCGGCCAAGGAGUAACAUGUCUGGUUCAACGGCAUUCGAAUCGACCAACCUGGGCUCUCCAGCUCGGCGGAUGGCUAUUGAAUCGAGGGUUAGCGGUGCCCUGGCCUCUAGGCCCCGCCGAUCGGGCGGCAUACCAGUUCCCAGGCCACUUCCCGAACCCGAUCCCAAUGACGACGAGGAUUUCAACCCUUUCGCUGGUCGCGUCUUGAAUCGCACGCCGCCUCGCCACGGUACCUCUCUGGGGAGAGCACCUCCCCGACAAGUCGAACCUGAGCCUCAGCCAGAACAAGAGCCCGAGCUCCCGCCGACACCGACGCAAAGGGGCCAGGCUGACCCUGUUGUCACGACACCUCCGCGCGGCAUUCAUGAUACACCGUCGAAAAGGAAGCGGCGGACUGCAUCACCAUCUAAGAGCUCGCCGCUCAAACAACCGCCCCUCCGACCACCAGAGUUCUCUCAGAAGGCGCAAGAUCCCUCCAAGAAGGCCAUGGCACGCGCCGCGCGAGACAAGAGCCCGGCUCAGCUGACAAAGAAGACAAAAUCAAACAAAGGACCUUCUGGGACACACGAGGCCCGUGGGAUCCCGGUUCCCGAUCCGCAUUCGGAGCUCAAGGAGACAAGGGACGCGCUUCAGGCGGAACUCGCCAAGUUGGAGGCCGACCUGGAACUUGCAACCGAUGAAAACGAAAGAAUACGUAAAGCGCAAACUCGUCGAUCCGGUGAUGUACAGCCGUUGGGACCCUCUCGUCAAAAGUCACUUCUCGACUUGCUCCGCCGUCACCUUGUACCAUCCGAGAAGGUAGCCACGCCAGAUGCUGCGCAAGAAUGGUUCGACAUGGCCAUGAACCCAACAUCAUGGCUUUCAUUCGGAAUCCUUGGACAAGCUCAACUUUCCAUGACGAAAGCUGAUUUAGAGGAUCUUCCCCCUCCGACAUCGCACCACCCGAUACAGAUGACAGCCGUCGACGAGCUUCCAUACCUGCAAGCCUUCACUCCCUUCGAAUUUUCAGCGACAACAAACAUGCUGCCGAAAGAAAAUGACUCUGACCCUCUGCUGCGGAGACACAACAUCGUCGUCAGAUCGGCUUAUCCAGCGGGGCUAUUCACGGCGAAGAUGGAAAUGACCGUCGAUACUGAGAAAUUUCAGAUCAAGGAGCUCGCGGUGCCCCGCCUGGACCCUGCAGCCGUUGCGGAACUCGGCCCAUUUAUCGAAAAGGUCACGAGCGGAGGCUCAAACACUCACAUGAACCGAAAUGUUAGCGUGGUUACUUGGGCAAUGUCCGAGUGGUAUAGAAUCGCUGUCGAGAGGGCAAAUAUGUGGCACACCCUGGACAGCGAACUCGGCGACAAGGAGAAGCUGGCACAGAGCGUAGCGAGGAUAAGGACAAGGCGAAAGAAGCGAAGGAGAAAGGACGACGAAGAGGAAAGCAGCCAAGAUGCAGAUGCUACCCUCGAGAGGAAUCGAACCGAGCACCUCCCUCGUUCAGUUCUGCUCCCCCAUCUCGGAAGGACAGCCUACGAGAUUCCUAUACCGGGUGCCGUAAAGGAGGAAACGUCGUGUUUGAGGAUACAUUGGAGGAUUGAUUUUGACUGGACUGGUGAGGCGCAGAGCAAGGUUGGGUUGGUGAUUGGCAUGCCUGGCAAGUGGCAUUUAGGCGACGAACGCGGUUCACUUGCGGCAGCGUCCAAGGUCUUUGAAAGAUUUGUGCAAAGUAACGAGGGACCAAUGACGGCCGUACGAACUGUUGUUGCAUUGUUGGCGGGAGACGCGUUGUCUUGA